AGGCGUGUGACAGGAAUGGGCGGGAGGAGGCGUGUGCUGCUGCCUGUGUAAUAUUCCGAACCGCAGCCAGAGGCUAGUCAUAACUCAGAUAGGGACGGUGUGAAGGAGAGGUGACUUGCUGCUAGCGCAUCACAACACAGGAAUGGCCUCCACAGGCGGGGACAAUAAUGUGGACACAGAACAGACUUUUCCGUGUUUGCUCAUGAAGCUGUACCAUCCUCACCAAGAUGACAGAAGAAUUUUUAGUGCCAUUGAAUUGGGCAGAAAAUACGAGAUCCGAGCCGAGGAGGUGGUUUCCUUUGGACGGGACGUUAAUUGCUGUAGCUUCACCUUGCUACAGAACAGAGUCUCCCGCAUGCAGUUUGCUUUGCAGUUCUUCAAACCAUUCAAUAGUUCAGCAUUGUCUUUUGAGAUAAAAAACUUAAGCAAGAAAACCAAACUCUAUGUUGAUGGAUGGGAACUGAGUUACCUCAAUAAGGUCGACCUUCCUCCAAAGUGCAUGGUUCGUUUUGGGGAAUUUCAGAUUCUGAUUGAGACUGAAGCCGGAGAGUCAGAGGACAAAUUUGCAGUCUACUGUGAAUUAUCGCGUGUUUCUCUUGUACAAGAAACGGGCCAUCCGGUGAAGCAAUCCAUUCCUGAGUCAAACCAUCAGCCUUUUAGUGUCCCACCAACUCCUCCCCCAGUGGAAGAUGAUGAAAACUAUGUAUAAAAAGGUUAUUAUCCAUGUGUAUUACCAUUUUAUAUACAAAUACAUGAAGAACAGAUGAAAUAACGCCACCGUAGCCUUGGUGUAAAAGCCGCACUGCGGCCAUCUUGUUUCCAAAGACUUCUUCGUAUGAUACGGUGUCUCAGGAUGAAGUUAUUCUCAUAAGACACUCUAUUAAAGGGGUGAUCCCACGAAUUUAAAUUCUCUUUAAAACUCUUUCACUUGCAUGUUUGGAGGACUUUCUUUCCUUUCUGUGGGCGGCCUACAUCUCCCAAGAUGCAUUGCAAUUAGCUAUUGUUAACCCCUGCCUCCCUAGCAUACAAAAUAGUCCAUCACAAAUAUUUCUAUGAAUUUAGAAAUGGGUAUGAAUGAAAGAAAGGUGUGUGGACGUCUUCACCUGCUUCUCUAUGAGACCACUACCCCAGGUCUGAGAGGAGGAAGGGAAGCUACUGCACGUGUUAAUCUACAGCUGGGGGCGCUACCAGAGAGGGAAAUGUACAUGGGAAAUAAUAUAUUUGAAUGCAUGUACCGUAUUUUUCGCUUUAUAAGACACCGUUUUUUUUGGGGGGGGGGGGGGGGAAGUGCGUCUUAUUAAGCGAAUGGUGCAAUUUUUACAUUGCUGACACUGAUACAUCGCCGGCAGCUAUGCUGCACAGUGCGGCCUGCGAUGUACAAGUUACAGUUGAGCUCUAUCACGCGGGGUGGGAGGAGGGGCUGGAGGCCAGCAACUA